AGACACUCAAGUCUCGAACCGCCGCUCCAAACAGAUCUAAAACCUAAAUUCUCCUCUCUCUCUCUCGAGUAGAAAAAUUCUUGCCGGCCGAUCGAAACCAUGUUAAAGUACUUCUCCGGCGGCGACGUUAAUAAAACAAUUAUAAUCUGGGACGUGAAGGCAUGCCCGAUCCCUGAAGGUCUUGACAGUUAUGAUAUUUGGAAAAACGUCCAAAAAUCCCUAUCGAAUAUUGGGUAUCCAACUACACACAUUCUAGAAUUUAGGGCAUAUUGUGAUUAUUUUCUAACGGAUGAUAGUAGGCCUAGCGGUCCUUAUAUUCCUUUGAUGCACGCAUCUUCAGGUGACUCUAAAGAAGCUGAAGAUGAGAGACGUAAAAAGAUUUUAGUGGAAUUGUUAUGCGAGGCAGGCGAAAAUCGCUCAAGAAUGAACUUGUUGCUGAUCAUUGGAGACGUGUCAGAACAGACUCAGUUCAUGAGGGCUCUUAAGUUUUUGAAAGAGGCGAAGCCCCACAAUGUUUUCCUGGCACUCCCUCGUCCUCCAUCAUCAGAGGAUUUGGUUGCAACUGUACGUGAAGUUUGGCUUUGGGAAACCUUAGCUGUUGGAGGAUAUCCUAUGGGCUAUAUUCCAAGUGAAGACGAUUCUGAUUAUGAUUCUUCUGACGAUUAGUCACCAAAGCUCGGACGAAGCAUUUUUAUCUUAUUUGAACAAUCUUCUGUUUAAGUGAAAUUCCCAAUCUGUUUUACUAGUUAUUUCCUCUGUUUCUAGUGGAACUAUCUUUCUAUCAAGACCAAAUCAACAUCUUGUGUAAUAGAUGGUGAAGGAACAAUUGGAAUUUUUUUUAUUUA